AAUCCUUUCUUCACCUCCACAUCCGCUCGGGAAUACCGGUGAAGGCGGGCUCCCGUCGGAAGUUGCCUUCCUUUUACUUCCUCCUUCCGAUUGGCGGUUUUUUAUGACAACAAUAUCCAGUUUUGACGUGUUGCUACACUGGAGUUUCUUGACCUCUUGGGAUUUUCCCCUAUUAGAUAGCAAGAAGGAUGUUUGAAAAUAUCAAAUUUUGGGCUGAAUAUAUUGUAGAAUGGGCUGCAAAAGAUCCAUAUGGAUUCCUUACAACAGUGAUCCUUGCUCUAACACCUCUAUUCUUGGCAAGUGCAGUGCUAUCAUGGAAACUGGCAAAAAUGAUUGAAGUGAAGGAACGGGAACAAAAAAAGAAACAAAAACGUCAAGAAAAUAUUAUAAAAGCUAAACGAAUAAAGAAGGACUAAGAAUUCAAUUUCACUGGGCCAAAUUUUUCUGGCAAUGCACCGUUACUAUAUAUGUUCCUUUUUUGUUAUUGUAUCCUUAUAGAAAUGGGACAUGACAGAUUUUUUUCCUGGAAUAAUGUAUCCUUAAUUUGUGCUAUUAAACUCUGUGGUCAUGAACUUUAAUUGCUUUUUUAAGAAAUCUGAUUUUUUUCUAACCUGGGAUAUAAGCAAAAUGUAAGUUUAUAAUGUAUAACGUAACUAUAUAGAUAUGAAUUAUUAUUUUCAUUAAAAUCUGUCUUAUGAUUUUA